GGUAUUGUUUGUUUUCAAUUUGAAAAGUGCAACUGACACGAUGUGGUUUUCAGUGAAACUUGGUGCUGUGGUGUUGUUGACCCUGGCGGCGAUGGAGGCUGAGGGAUCCAAGGAGACCAUGAAAGAUAUAACUUCGGGCUUUUUUAAAGUGCUGAACGAAUGUAAACAUGAGCUGAACCUGCCGGACCACCUGGUGGGCGACUUCUACCACUACUGGCGGCAGGAGUACGGGCUGCUGGACCGCGACCUCGGCUGCGCCAUCCUCUGCAUGAGCCGCAAGCUGGAGCUGAUCGACGCCAGCGGCAAGCUGCAUCAUGGCAACACGCAGGAGUUCGCGGAGAAGCAUGGCGCUGACAACAGCAUGGCGUCCAAGCUAGUCGAAGUACUCCACGCCUGCGAGAAGCAGCACGAGGCCGUCUCCGACGAGUGCCAGCGCGCGCUGGAGGUGGCCAAGUGCUUCCGCUCCAGCGUGCACGAGUUGGGCUGGGCGCCCACCAUCGAUGUCAUCAUUGAGGAGGUGCUCACUGACAUGUAGGAAGGGGCAUAUAAGUACUUCUCUAAGUUGAGGGGGGUGAUGAAUAAAAUUGUUGUUUUGUGAA